CAUUGACUACACUUGAAGAUCGACUUGAGCUUUGGGUAUGGCUGGGGAUGCAGCCGCAACAGCUGACAGUGAAAGAUCGAAAAUCAGUCUCUCUCAUUGAUCCGCAAAAUAACAUACAUAGAGUGACACUCCCAGUAACGAAUCUCAGGAUCUUUAGUGUGACCUCGUCCCUUCAGACCUUCCUUCUGUGUGCCGCCCAACUAGCUAUCCAGGUAGUAAACCCAUCCCACCUCCCUUGUCCUCCUGCUGUUCACGGGCUGUGACCAGGAUCCCUGGGGGCAGGAUGAGCCGUCCUUGAUCCCCGUUACUGGCUCGACUGUCAAGGACUGAUCUACCAAAUCCCAGUGAUUCCAAGAAGGAGAAAAACAAUGACCACGGCCGAUCAAAUGCGAAUUGUGGAGGCCAAAUUGGCCCGCCUAUUGGGUUCGGGUCCGGAAUUGGGCCUCAAAGGCCAGGUCCUGGCCGAAGGGGGCUUGAUUCAAGGCUGGGUCCAAUCCCGACGCCUGGUCGUGGUGGUGGGCGUGAGCUCGGGUCAAUACGCUUUGGUUAUCUUCACGUCGCAGACGUUCCCCGUGGGUCGGGUCGAGGAUUUGGCCAUUGACGAUGUCAUCCCCGUGGACAAAGAGCUCAAAUGCGAGAUUGAGAGCGGCGAUGCCGUGUUGGUCAACAUCAAAUCUGGCUCGUCCACCAAGAUCAUGUUGGAGAUGUUACCGGGUUACCAUACGCAGAAUUUUGUGGCCGAGAUUUACCGCCUGACCGAUCUGAUGCGGCAGGAUCGUAAAGUUGCUGCGUCCUCGCCUUCAUCGGAGACCUGGUUGAACCAAUUACGCGCGGCUAAAACGACGGAUGAAGCCCUCUCUCGUGAUUUGGCCCAACGGAUGAGGGUAGGCGAGGGGCGUGACACUCCCACCCUCGAUGCAUCCCCCAUUCCGCAGCCUCGCUCCGGAUCUGGCCGCAAUACGGCCUUGGUGGACCUCGAUGCUGACGAUGAUAGUCCGAAUACGUCGCUCAAUCGACAAGAGAUCGCUUUGGGCGGGGCUGCCCCCAUUGCCGCCCGUGAAUCUGUGGUCAAAUACCAAAUGGCCUUGAAGGAGGAACAGUUCACCCACAAGCAGACCUUCACCGUGUUUUGCGGCACGUGGAACGUCAACGGUCAAUCGCCCAUCUCCCAAGUCAAAGCGUGGCUAGCCGUGGAUGAAGACCCGCCGGACAUUUACGCCAUCGGCUUCCAGGAGCUGGAUUUAAGUAAGGAGGCGUUCGUGUUUAAUGAGUCAAUCAAAGAGGAUGAGUGGCAGGCCAUCGUGUUCGCCUCGCUCCAUCCGCAAGCCAAAUAUAAACGGGUCAAAUUGGUACGAUUGGUCGGGAUGAUGCUCAUCGUGUUCGCCAAGAGCACCCACAUGGAGCACAUCCACGAGAUCACCUCCGAGACAGUAGGAACUGGCAUCAUGGGCAAGUUGGGCAACAAAGGGGGUGUGGCUGUGCGGUUCGAGUUUCACAACACGAGCAUAUGCUUCGUGAACUCGCACUUAGCCGCCCAUGUGUCCGAAUUCGAGCGCCGCAAUCAGGACUACCAUGACAUUUGCGCCCGCAUGGUGUUCCAGAAUUUUGUUCCCACCAAGUCCAUCAAGGACCACGACCAGAUCUUCUGGUUGGGCGAUCUCAACUAUCGGAUCACCGAUCUGGACACGGCCACCGUCAAGGAGCUCCUCCAAGAGAACAACAUUCCAGACCUUUUGCUCAGUGACCAGUUUCUGCAGCAAAGGAAGCAGCGGCGCGUUUUCACGGGUUACAAAGAGGGCGACAUCACGUUCAUCCCCACGUACAAGUUCGAUCCCGGGACCGACAUGUGGGACACCAGCGAGAAAGCCCGUGCUCCAGCUUGGACGGACCGCAUCCUGUGGCGAGGCGAUUACAUUGAGCAGAUCGCUUAUCGGAGUCACAUGGAGCUCAAGGUCAGCGACCACAAGCCCGUGUCCGCCGUUUUCAAGGCGGGUGUCAAGGUCAUCGAUCCGGUCAAGUACCGCAAGAUCUACGAGGAUGUCAUGAAAAAGCUGGACCGGCUCGAGAACGAAUUCCUGCCCCAAGUGACCGUCGAGAACACCGAGAUCAUCUUCGACGGAAAGGUCCAGUUCUUGGAGACCUACACCAAAACCUUGACAGUGGCCAACACGGGCCAAGUACCCGUGCAGUAUGAGUUCAUCAAAAAGUUGAACGACACUAGUAUUUGUAAAGCUUGGUUGACCGUGGAGCCGAGCACGGGCUUCAUUAUGCCGGGCGAGAAGAGCGAUAUCGCUCUGGAGCUCCACGUGGACAAAACGACGGCGGGCCCGCUCAAUGCGGGUGCUGAUCAAAUGUACGACAUCCUGGUGCUUCAUCUUGUGGGUGGGAAGGACAUCUUUAUCACCGUCAGUGGAGAGUACCAGAAGAGCUGUUUCGGUGCCUCAAUUAAUGCCCUCUGUCAGAUGACCGUGCCCAUUUCUGAGCUUUCCGUAGGAGCUCUUAUGGAUCUCGAGAAACCCCCUUGCACAGGAUCGGCCAUCUCCAUUGGCGGGGAAGAGCCCUACCCGGUCCCUAAAGAAUUAUGGUUCCUCUGCGACCUGAUCACCUCCUUGGGUUUGGAUCAGGAACAGCUCUUCCUUCAACCCGGUCUUCGGAAAGAGAUCUUGGCCAUUCGAGAUUGGCUUGAUACGGGCUUGCCCGUGGAUAAACCCGAUGUGUCCAUUCAUUCGGCGGCUGAAACCCUUCUUUUAUUCCUGGAAUCGCUCCGCGAACCCAUCUUGCCGUUCACUUUGUACGGUCGCUGUUUGGACGUCUCUUCGAAUUACUUGCAAUGCAAACAAGUCAUCUCGCAACUGCCUCAGAAUCAUAAGAACGUGUUUAAUUAUAUGACAGCCUUCCUUCGAGAGGUCAUCCGACAUUCGGCCCAAAACGGGAUCGACCCAAAGAUCAUGGCCACUUUAUUCGCGGGCAUCUUCCUACGAGAUCCGCCCGGCACGAAUUUCGGGUCGGGUUUGCGUGCCAAAACCAAUCAGCAGCUCCUUGACCACCGGAAGGCGCGUUUCGUGCACCAUUUCUUGAUCAACGAGCCGGAUGAUUAACCGAGGCAGACCCAUAAACCCGCAUCCUACGUCUGUACUGCGUGACAUUGACAGUACAAUGGAUUCUCAAUCAAACUAUUUACUUAUUCUUCAAAACGAUCGAUCUUCAUUGAUGCCUGCCUAAUGCUAUUGUGACUAUUCCCAUUAGAAAAUCAUUUUACUUGUUAUCAUGACAUCUUGUUAACCGUUUCAUCCCAAAGGUGGGUCAUUUCUUUGACAAAUAUGAACAUGUCUUAAUGAU